UCAUUGAACAGUUGAACACAGAAUAUGUUAUUCGAUUUGAAAAUUUGAGGUUAUGUUUUGGAUUUGUUCAUGAAAAAUAUUUUAUCUAAAUGAACAAAUAAAAUAUAUUUAUCCAAAGAAAGUAUUUACUUUCUAAAUUAACACCAUGUCGUCUUUCAUAAGGCUGGCUUUGAGGAAGGUAUUACCAUCUGGAAAUAACCUCAAGAUUGCUAAUGCUACUUAUAGAUUCACUGCUACAACACCGUCUAGCAAUGAUUCGUUGCAAUUAACAGAUUGGGAAACAUUAAACAAGAAGAAAAAGACCAGUAAAGCCAUGAAGGCUUACCUAGAAAGAGCAAAGGAACACGACGAGUUUAUGACUCGUCAGCGUUUCGAAUAUGAUAUUGGCAAGCGACAUCUAGCAAACAUGAUGGGAGAAGAUCCAGAGACAUUCACCCAGAAAGAUGUGGAUCGUGCUAUAGAAUACUUAUUCCCCAGUGGUAUUUAUGACCCAGCCGCGCGCCCGCUCAUGAAGCCGCCAGAAGAGAUCUUCCCAGCGCGUAAAGCGGCCGAAUUCGACGAGGCUGGCCGGCCACAUCACUUUCUGUUCUAUACAUCUAAGCCAAAUUUCUUCAAGCUCUUGUACGACACUGUUGAAGAGAUCCAGGAAGCUUACCGGUUCGAGGAUAAUGUUCUGAGGAAAAAGGCAACGCCUGACCCAAAUCAGAAGCUGGACUUCAACAGCAGCACCUGGCUCACCAAGGACCAGCUGGAGCGCCUGCUGGUGGAGCCGCUCACCGACGUCGAGUACGACAACUUCAAACUAGCCAUGGAGAGACUGGCCUCCCUGCCCUAUGCCUACAGACACAAGGAAUUCAUUGAAAAGUACAGAAAAUCAUUGGCUUCCCAAAAGUUUGCCUUAGAAAUACCCAAGCCAAGCUAUGAUGAUGAGGGCCGAGCAUAUGUCACAACAUAUGAAUGUCUGAGGAAGAAGGCUAGAGGAGAUGUCACCAUUCGGUCUCCAGGCACAGGAAAGAUCACAAUAAAUGGCAAGGACUUGACAUACUUUAAAGACACUCAACCACGAGAGCAAGUGCUGUUUCCACUGCUAUUCACUGACAUGCAUGAGAGGGUUGAUAUAGAAUGUAAUGUUGAGGGUGGAGGGCCUUCAGGUCAGUCGGGUGCUAUAAGGUGGGGCAUUGCAUGGGGCUUGAGGAGUUUUGUUGAUGCGGAGAUGCUGCAGAAGAUGCAAGUGGCGGGGCUGCUGACGCGCGACCACCGGCGCCGCGAGCGGAAGAAGCCGGGCCAGCCUGGGGCCAGGAAAAAGCCAACUUGGAAGAAGAGAUAAUGUGUUUUUAUUUUGUUGAAGAUACUUUAGAUUUUAGAAUAAAUUAAAUUAAUAAUAAACUAAAA